UUCGUCUGCUCCCUGUUGAAAGUAUUCGUCUGUCACUGUCUCUGUCUCUACCUAAAACCUGCUAAAACUAAUUAAAAUUCAAUUUUUUUUUACCCAGAUAUUACAAUGGCAUAGAACAUUAAAAUGUUUACUUUAUAGUGAACAAGAUUAUGAGUUCAUCUUAAUUGGUAUCAAGCCAUAACGAUUUAUAUUUUUGGUAACCAGCAUGGGGCGCGGGCGUUGUGUUGUCCAAGGCUGUAGCAGAAAAUCAACAACUGAUAAAGACAAUCCAGUAAAGAUUUACAGUAUCCCCAGAGUUAGAAAAUAUGAUGAAGACAUCACAUCUAGAAGGCGAGUGCUAUGGUUGAAACACCUGAACAUAUCUGAUGAAGAAAUGCCAAAUGGUGGAGUGUGUGACGCUCAUUUUAUUUCAGGAAAACCAUCAUAUUAUAUAGAGGAGUCUAACCCCGACUGGGCCCCAACACAAAACAUUGGCUCUAAAAAUUUGGUCUCCAAAUCUGCACUUGAUCGUUACAAUAGAAGAAAGAAAUUCCAAUCUAUGAAAGCCAAGAAAAUGGAUUUUUUGAUAAAGGGAAACAGCAUCACUCAAGUUGAUUUGCAACCAUCAUCUGUCUCAGGUUCCAGCAAAAUUGCUUCUUUGGUUCAAAAUAGUCUCUCUUCAAAAGAAGUUGCAAGAAAGGAGAGUAACCACCAAAUGCCUGGUAUAUUUAAACCAGCGGAAAAGAUUGAAAUUGUGAAUGAGAAUCAGCUUGAUGUCUUUUGGAUGCAUAAACAACCUGUUAAAAACUCAUCGCAAGUUCGCUAUGGAAAGGUGAUCAAACUUGGAGAAACUGAAAAUUCCAAUGUGGCUCGAUUGCUAAACUUUAAUGACCCUACACCAACACUGCCUGUGAAAAGGGUUGCAUGUCAAAAUGGUGGAAUGGGCACAAGGAUUUCACAGCAGAAUGGAGAAAGUAACCGUCGACCGAUGGUUAUAUUGCCAGUCGAAAAUCUAGCUUCACCCCUUCAACAGGUCACGUGUCCUGUUCACGAAGAAUACUCCCUUUUCGUCUCAAAUAGUACGACAAAUGACCAUGACUAUUGCGCAAAACCCACAGUACAAGAAAAGCGGCAUCACAUCUACAUGGAUCACGACUAUUGCCAAACACUUCAUUCAAAUGUUGCUGAAAAUCUUUCGGAAUCAUCUAUCGUGCUAUUUCAGGCCGAAUCUCCUAUGCAAAACACAUUGGAACUAUCAGAUACUGAAAGCUGCGAUUCUGUCUACGAAGUAGCCAUCCACCGAAAGGAAUUACCCUCGUCCGCUUGUAAGACUGACAGCAUGUGUGACUUUAUUCUUCCCGAUGAAGCUCAAUGUCCAACUUGCGCCCAAGUAGCAAUCUUGAGAUCAGAAUUAGAACAGAAAUCACUCGUUUUGGAGGUUCGUAGCAGCGACGUGAAUUCUUUAAAGCGAGAACUUGAAUUAGCCAAAGAAAAAAUAAGUAGCCUCAGAGCACAAUUGGAAGAGAAUACCCGUAAUUUAUGGUCUUGUGUAUCGGUGAAUGGUCAAUCUUCGUGAAAUGUUUGUGACACGUUAUUUCCCGCUUGUUUAUGUAAAUAUCAUCAACCCCUGUUUCGUUGAUCUCACGUUAUCCCAUCCAGUUUUCUCAAUGUUACAUAAUGUUUUGCGUUUCAAGUAUUUAUGUUUGUUCUAGCAUGGUUUCCCUUGCUUUAUUUGCCGCUUAAAACAAGGCAUUUCACGGAAACGAGUGAAUGACAAUGAAUAAAUGAAAUUUGUGGGAUUACAA